AACUUUUUUCCAGACUAUCAAAAGUGAAACCCGUGGGUGGUCAUGUGGAUAAGAACUUUAUGCCUCUGACUGAGAUUCCUCCUCCGAAGCUGCUGCACCCUCCUCACGGGACUGGGGUGCAGUCCGGCAGAAGACACAUGGAGGAGGAAUGUACCAAGAAGCCGAAAGGCGUCGAAGUAAACGAUGGCGCCAAGGUGGGCAUCUACGCCGAAUACUACGAUGACAAUGUUGCGAAGACCAUGGCUACUAUUAUAUUCCCUGAUCAUAUUGAUCGUAGACAUUUUGAAGUGACAACCCAAGUGCCGUACCUGACAGUAGGCCCAAUAGAAGCGUUGGGUUACCAUCCCAGCACGAUGAAAAGCGAGCAUCCCAGCGAAUGCGAGAAAAUAUACCAGGAUCAUUUAGACGACCAGUAUUCCGAAGAGUCGAAGGAUUAUUCCGAAGAGUCGCUGGAAAUGGCCCGAAUGCCUCUGUUCCCGGAUCAAGUACCAGAAUCGUUAGAAGACAGAUUAGGAAAGAUGUACAGCGAUUUAGAUAUGUAGAAUUGUUUUUAUUUAUUUUUGUACUUGAA